ACUUUCGUUCUACUCCUCCCUUCUGCCCUCCCUCGUUUUACCUCGUCUCGUCUUCUGCCUAGCAGCAGCUAGCAAGCUCGCUUCACGCUUCCCCAUCGCUCGCUCCGUCGAAACGCCCCGCAGCCGCUGGUUACGAGGCUUUAAGCAGCAAGCCGCCCGAUCGAAUGCUCUCUCGGUUGAACGCGGCAACUUUAGCACGGAGAACAACCGAAGCGCGCGCGCCUCGCAGCCAGUGUGACGUAGUUAUCAAAAUCUUUAUUUCGCUUUUAACGUGACACAAGCUUCAGUCGCGCGCGCAGGACUUCAGCACAAACAGGCUGUCUGCACAGACAGGUUUUCCUGCUGUUUGUGGAAUUUUGCGAGGACCACCACAAAGCGGUGCGAUGAAAAAGGACGCAGGAACAGCAGGAGGAAUGAAGAAACGGUUCAAGUAAACAACGACUUGCAUCACCACAAAGUGCCUCAUCUGGAUGGUGCAGCAGCAGUCUGUGUCCGCACUUCCAUCUCGGCUAGUCUCCGCUUGGGAACGCUCUCUUCCUCGCUGACUCGAGUGUGGGCUAUAUUUCACCCUGACAGUCAAUCAGCCCAUUUCCCUGUUCCUCGACUCCAACUUUGCAUGCUUUCCAUUUCACCUUUUAAUACAAGGACAUCAGUCGAUUAGGAAUAACUUUUGUCGGGUCUCCAUCCCUGCGACUCAGACAUGCGAGUAUAUUUAAAGACCGCUGCAACUGUGGCAACAGAACACAGGUAUUUGGAUGCCUCAAAUUAGAGAAAGCCUGUUUUAUAUUUAUGCAAGAGGGCUAUUUUAAUCCCGCAGCUCCGGAGGGCGAGUGUAGACAGCGUGGCGACCACUGCAGACGAACAGAAAGUGCCGUCCCGUGCUGCUUUUAAUGCCUCCGUUUCCUGGACAACAGCCGAAGAUGCACCACCGCAUGUCACAGUGACCUACCCCACCUCAGCUCUCCUAUAUCUCUCACUCCAUACUCGCAGCACGUACACCUGACUUUAAACUGAUCUUAUAUUCUAAUCAUAAUUCCCCUUGACUGGACAACAGACUAUGUCCUCUUUUUGUCCGUGAGAAAGUUAUCUUCUUGACAGGUAGUCUAAGAAUUGCCCCCUCCCUCCUCUUAAUUUUUGCAUUUGUGCUUCAUCACGCCUGGCUCCCCCACCUCAGCCUACCACUCAACGAGGGACCGCCAUGGCCGUCAAUGUGACCAUGGGCCGUGACACCAAGUGGCUGACGCUGGAGGUGUGCAGAGAGUUUCAGCGAGGGGCCUGCUCGCGGUCGGACACCGAGUGCAAGUUUGCUCACCCAUCUCGCACCUGCCACGUGGAGAACGGCCGCGUCAUCGCCUGUUUCGACUCACUCAAGGGACGUUGUACACGUGAUAACUGCAAGUACCUGCAUCCCCCGCCUCAUCUGAAGACCCAGCUGGAGAUAAACGGCAGAAACAACCUAAUCCAGCAGAAGACCGCGGCCGCCAUGCUGGCCCAGCAGAUGCAGUUUAUGUUGCCCGGAGCUCAGCUGCAGCCCAUCACCUCUUUUCCAGUAACGCAGUCAUUUGCCAACAGUCCAAGCAUGGCUUUCAGCCCAUACCUGAGUCACAUGAGCCCGGGUAUCAGCCUCAUGCCCGAGCUUCUGCCCAGUGCCCCCGUGCUGGUCCCGGGGAGCCCCACUGGCAUUGCCAUGGGCAACGGAAAUUCAACGCAGAAACAUGUUCGCACAGACAAGCUUGAGGUGUGUCGAGAAUUCCAGCGAGGAAACUGCACUCGCGGAGAGAACGACUGCCGCUACGCCCAUCCGAUGGAGGCCGCCAUGGUGGACGGCAGCGAGAACUCAGUCAUUGUUUGCAUGGAUUACAUCAAGGGCCGCUGCACCCGCGACAAAUGCAAAUACUUUCAUCCCCCGGCUCACUUACAGGCCCGGAUAAAGGCGGCACAGCACCAGGCCAGCCAGAACGCUGCUGCAAUGGCUCUGCCACCAGGAGCCAUGCAACAGCUACCAAAGAGACCCACCCUGGAGAAGACCAACGGCGCAGCUGCCGUCUUCAACCCCAGCAUGUUUCACUACCAGCAGGCUUUGGCCAGCAUGCAGCUGCAACAGCCAGCAUUCAUUCCCACAGGCUCCGUCUUCUGCAUGGCUCCAUCUGGAGGUAUUGGCCUUUUCAAACCCCCUGGCCCCAUGACAGAGGGCCGCUGGGAGAGGCGGGACUGGAGCAGCUGCAGGGCCCCCCAAAGUCGUUACCUGUCAGGGCCUGGACAUGCUGUUCCCAUGAUGCACGGUGCCACCACUUCCACUGUUUCGUCGGCUACGACCCCAGUCACCAAUGUUCCUUUUGCUGAAUCAGCCACCUCCAACCAGACGCCACCGAGGUACUGAGUGCCGACCCGAUCGACCUCCAGUGCGUUCCCAUGGAGCCCCAUUUCUGCCCAGUUCCCAAACUCCUGGUUGCCGCACCCAUGACGCUGAAUCCAGGAAGCCUCUCCCGCAAUCCCAGUUAAGACAUCAACAACCUAAUCAGGCCCAUCACUCAUGCAACAUGUGCCCAAACACAGCAGAAAAAUGAAUGCAACAAACGUGUGCCUAAUCAGUUCGUCCUUAACGGGCAAUAUAUUCAUCUCCAUAUCAGACACGCCCACUUCAUUCGAAGUCAGCAGGGGUUUGUUGAUCUAUUGAAACAGGCAAUACUUAAGCUCGGACCUACAACUGUUUAAGGAAGCAUGCCAUUUCGAUGCAAGGGGAUGCAAGGAGCCUCUCGAUGCUAAAUCAAAAGACAGAGCGCUCUUAUAACUCACAGCCAUACAAAUACAUGCAAACCAAUUAAUUGAAAAGAAUGAAUUCUGAGGAGGUGAACAUUAGAUCUUGCUUAUUUGAUGUGCGGUAAGCAAACCAUCAGGCGUUUCUCUGUCAUUGAAUGUGAUAACUGGGUAUCCAGAGCCCAUUGCAAAAGACAGUGUUUAAGAGUCGCAUCUAAUGAUAUUUUAGAUAGAGGUGAUGGUUCUUUCAUUUCUUCACAUUUAAUUCUAAUUAAUAUACGUGGCACGUUUAAUUUCAUGUUUACAUUUCAAAAUUAAGGAUGAAAAUAAUGUUAUUUGAAAAUGUAUGUUUUUGUAAGAUAACCUCUUUAUGAUACUGAUUAGGGUUUUUAGUUAGGUUUCAAAACGUGGUUGUCUGUGCCUUUGAGUUACAAGUGUGUGAAAAUCUUCUUUUUUUUCCUCCAAUACUUCUGAAUUUACCCGACUAACAUUUUAUUCUAGACUCAGAAGGUAUAACCGUGUAGCCUUUCACAAUCAACAUCGUUCCUCUGUCUAUCUAUAAUAUGCGUUGCUAUUAAGUUACUUCCUUUAUCCUGGUCUAAUAGAAGAGUAUUAUUUAUUUAACCGCUGUCCGGUGGACCAAUACAGCUCUACUGAGAUAAGUGUUAUUAUACAGACCUGAAGUAUCUCACCUCACAUUUCAAGCACCAAAUCAAGAUAGGUUGAUACACGUCCUCAUACCUCCAUUUUUAAAGUAGAACUGCCUUAAGCAGACAAAAUAUGAGCACUUCUUGCUGUAUGUCGUGAUGCACCCUAAGCAGGAGGUCUGAUUGCAGGUCUUCUGAUGUAUUUGAUGUCUCGUUGAGGAAAGAUUGGUGUGAGAGAUUUUAAACUAGACGUUUUUUUAUUCCAGCUGGAUCCCUUUAGGCAAAAAUGGCAGUGCAAAUACCCCUUAACUAUAUAUAUAUACUGUCGAAAUUAUGCAAAUUUGUUCAGUUUAAACAUUAGCAUACAUUGUUAUUUAUUAUUAUGUUAAUCUCGCAAAACAUGCAUUUCAAGCCAAUAUUUAAAGUAAACUAAUUUGUUUAAAGAAAAUGAAACCUAAGUGAGCAUUAAAGGUCACCUAAUAAGACAAAUUUACUUUUAUGUUGUGUGAACAUAAUUCAAUAACAAAAAUCUGCCCACUCCUUUUUUCUAAAUCCCCGUUAAACCUCAACAGCUGUUUAACAGCACGGACAAGCUGUUUUCUGAGCAAAUUGACGUCACUUUGCACAGGCCCCGCCCACAACCGUUGAAAAACAACAGUUAGGCCAUCAUUAUUUAUUUAAAAUCUUCUUAACAUAAUUAAUUACCGCGCAUUCAUUAUAAAAAUAAAGUAAGGGGAUGUUAAAAAGUAAGGAUUUAACAGUAAUCGGGGAGGAAAGCAGCAGCUCAUUUGCAUUUAAAGAGACACACACACAAAAAACGGCACGUUUUCCUGCGCACCCAAAAAUGGUAUAAUAAAUGAUCUAUAGGGUGUUUAGACCUGAAUCUUCACAGGCACAUUCUGGGGACACCUGAGACUAAUAUUACAUCUUGAAAAAUUGCUAUAUUAGGUGACCUUUAAGUUUUUAUUUUUUUUGCAUUGUGACUUUUCGUUACAAUUUAUUAAGCAAAUUCUCCCAUAAACUAUAAAAUCUUUUUCAAAUGCUUUAAGAAAUCUAUGUGAAAUUGACCUUAAUUUAUUAUUUUUCAUAUUUUUCUUUUUUUUAUUAUUCAUACUAAAGCUACCUUUUCUUAACAUCCCUAUCACUGUAUUGCCCCUGACCGUGUAAGGCCUGAUGCAUUAUGGUAAAAUUUAAGGCCAAUUGUGUCUGAAUGAUGUCACAUCUAUUAUUUCUUUUGAUUUUGGGAUGAAAUAUGACCCAGACAUUAUUCAUAUUCUAUUACCUUGUAUAACCCAAACCCUUUCUGAUGGCUAGACAGUCUCUGCCAAAGCCCUUGUCCUGCCCUACCUGCUGUGUGACAGUCUGUUCGUCUCCACUUGUUAAGCCAUAUUUGGUUCGUCGGUUUGCACCAUAUCAUCAAGCUCUUUGUUUUCAACAUCAGUUAGUUGCCAAAAUGAAUCUUAAACAGUUCUUGCUGAUGAUAAGUCACUCGUGCACACGCAUUAAAAGCAAACUUCCUCACAUAUGUUUCAUUUCCGAUCGAGAACGUUUGGUUUGAUCAUCAGGAGAAACGCAGACAUGUUUACCAGACACAGAAGUGCACUGAUUUUGUGCCAUUUGACUUUCAGGCAUAGGUCAGUUUGGAGAACGUUUAAGAUGUUCGAUGAGGCCUUGACGCGCCAAGGUCACGCGCCAGAUGGAUUUGAAUUGCAAUAUUGUUUUCCCGCGGGAGCAAGUGUGUCCACCCAAGCAACAAAUGUAAACCCAUUAGAGCAAGCUGUUAUCUUGUGCUUUCUUUUGAAACAUCUGAGUUAUUGCUACCUUUCAUUAAGCAAGUUCUGUAGUUGAGACAUUGGAUAAUGAUUUCGAACAGCUGUUUUUAUUAAUGCACCAGUAAUCGGCUGGUGUACCCGCUUAGAGUUCUAGUCUUUGCCAACAAAUGUAGGAGACUAUUGCUGAAAUAAAUAAUCGGAUCAUUAAAAACGUGAAUAGGAUGACAUCAUCAGAGUUUACACCAAGGCCUGCAAUCCAAUAGAGUUGUAUUGGACUUCUUUUCCCAUUUUGGAGGAUUCAAUUUUAAAUAUUUAAGUUUGACUAUUUGUUCGUUUGUGUUUAUGAAACGUGUCCGUGUAGAGCUUAGAACAGGUUUAAAUCACUGAUUGUGUCCUUAUUUUUAAAAGUCGGCAGACUCUAAAAUGCAAGGGCGAAGACGACUGCGUGAUAUCGGAAUGCGGUUCCGAUCCGGACCGUGAGCUGAAAGCCAUGACUCUCGAGAAACGUUACAGUUAGAGAUAAAGGAAAUGAAAUUGCUUAAUUUAGACUGGGUACUUUCGAAAAGGCCCUCAUCAGCCAAAGGUUCAUUUACAAGACAUUAUUGCUCCUCCCGGGAGCUUUACAUGCAUUUAUGAAUGUGACAUUUAAGACGGCGAAUGUCACGAGAGGUUUUGGAUGCCUGUCUCGCUAUAUCUCUCGAAUGAAACUACAACCUUUUUCAACAUAUCAAGGGAGUGAAAGCCGACCAACGCCAUCCACUGUUGAUGUAUAAAACAGACAAAAAAAAGACGACCAUUCUCUUAACUGUUGUUUUUCUUUGGGACAGCUGUUGCUGUACUGUUUCAGCAGCAUAGCCCCAAGAGAGAGCCAUAAAGAUGCUUGUUUUGCGAUAACCUGAUCUAAAAACAUUAUUGUGUUCUGUUCAGCUAGUUUAGCGGUGGUCAGCAGCGCACACUGUCUAGGCCAAACCCAAAUUAAAUUACAUCAUACGAUGGUGGUAUAAAACUUGAAAGACUUGGUGGUCAAUAGAAAAACCAGAGAAAGAUGAUGCUAUACUGAGUUAUAAACUGAAAUAUGUGUAUUGUAUACAUCGCUGUAUAAUGUUCAUGUGUUUUAAGAUUAUUUUAGGAAAUACUGGGGCAAAUGUGUGUGGAUUUAUUUAGGAGAGAUCUCUAUUGUUUAUUGAUGUGUUGAAGUGUGUUUUGUAAUUAACCCAUUGCCCAGCCAAGGUGUAGAGCCUCUUUCUCUUUGUCUGUAUCACUCUCUCUCUUUCUCUCUCUCUCUCUCUUUCAUAUAAAGAAUUAUGCCUUCUCCAACUGCAAUCCAGCUGGAAUCAAACGAAAUACUUGAUAAAGAAAAAACAAUGUGCCUCAUCGGGGGCUUUAGCAUUUUAAGAACUCACUUUUUAAGAAGUGUGCAUAUCUGCAUAAUGUAGUUAGCUAGAAUAAUCUCUGUGUACGUAUUACAAAUGCAUCUUCAUUAUAGUUUUCCAUCAAUGCCCUUCGUAAUGGUACCUGUUUUGAAUAUAUCCUCAUGAAUUAAGUCAUGUUUCGGUGUGUUUUGAGACAGCUGUCAGUGUUAGGCUGUUUAGUUUCAGUUUGAUCAUUAUCGUUACUCGGUUACUUACAUCGACAUCGUACGAGUCUCAUCGCAUGAAUUUAAAAUAAUCUGAAUAAUCUACAUCAUAGUUUGUGCAGUUAGUGAUUUAAGAUUUAAAAAUUACUUAAUCUAUGUAUCUAUAUAUCUAUAUACACAUUUGUAUGUAUUACAAUGAUAGAUUCAUUGUUACCUAUGAAAGUAAGUUCUUGUUGCUAUGGCAACAAAACUACAACAUGGCUACCUUUGUAUAUCUUAAUUGUGAAUUUUUUCACACUUAACGUGAAAUAAUGUACAACGUUAACUUAUUCAGAAAGGGAAUGUGUUAUUAAGUUGUCUUGGAAAAGAGAUGAUUGCCUAUUUUGUAAAAAAAUUAUAUACAUACACAUAUAUAUAUAUACUCGUGAGAAAGGCCCUUUGGAGACAUCAUACGUUAUUUCUGUUGUAAUGAUUAUUAUUUUCGGGGUUGUUGAUGACUUUAAGAUAAGUAUUGGGUCUUUUACGUAAGCAGCAUCUGAUUGAUGGCUCAAUUGGAAUGAAAAUGUAGUGUCGUAUUUGGUUAAAUUAUUUUAUUUACUUACAAAGGGAGCACCAUUGCACUGGAGAGGGCUAUGGUGGAUUUCAAAAACAAAAGGAUUGUAAAGAGCCAGCUUUUAUAAAUAACGCAACCCGUGAUGUCACAAACCAAGGACAGUAUCAGCCAUAGUGAGCGCCUAUGGAGCCGCAGCCCCCAAAAUCAAGUUCUGAUCCCCCGCCCACCCAGACUGCACCCAGCUGUGCUGGGAACUGGUGUACGAAGUCACCCCAUUGGUGUACGAAUGUGUGUUAUUCACCUUGUUUGCACUUAUGUACAUAACUAAGUCAAAAUAUUCAGAAUUUAUUUUGAAUAUACAUAGAUGAAUAAAUAAAUAUAUAUAUAUAUAUGUAGAAGAGCAGAUUCAAAUCAAGUGACUGUAUUGUUUCGGAAUGCAGGUAAACAGUAAUCUUUAUAAAGGGUUAUCAUAAAGAGAUAGAUGCUGUUUUUGGGGUGUCAAGGAAUAUGUUGUUUGUUUUGUUUGCUAAUGCCCUCGUUCUCAUCAUAAAGCAUGAUGUUGCUUGCUGACAAAGGGAGAAACAAUGAUGUCAAAAAAGCCUUUGUAGUUUUGCAUAGCUUACAAAAGCGCAUUGAGCUUAGCACUGUGCCUGCUCAUAUCUGAUCCUGAAGUUUGGUUGUGCGGGAGACGUAGAGACAUACCACUAACUUUAUUAUGAUAUGUAUUAUCUAUGUGUCUUCCUCUCCUAGCUGUGCAUAGAAGAUUGCGUCCAGAAACCAAAGAAUGGUUAACUUGUUUCUCUUUUACCUCUUUACAUAUUGUGUGUUACUUAGAUAAAAUGGGGUAUAAUAAUGUUUAGUACAGAAAGAAAAAGAGAACAUUCGAAACAGAACAGAUCUACCACGAGCGAUAGCCUUUAAGCUUCAGGAUCAGAUUUUUUGCAGAAAAGCAUUGCUACAGGUUAAACAAAAAUGAAUUUUGGUUUGUUUGGUUCAGUUUUCGAUGAUCGUUUUCCACUUUUGUGCACUCACCAAGAACAACAAAUAUAUCUGGAAAUCUCACAGGAUCAAAAUCAAGGUUGCUUUAAAAUCAGAUGUGAAAUCACCAGACAAAACCCUCUGUUAAAGAAAACUUGUACAUUCUGUGCUCUACAAUUGCUUUGGAAGCCGAUAAUUUUGUUGCCAUGGCACUUGCCCUUAUAGUGAGGGAGAGACUGAGUCUUUGUAGGUUCUUGCAUAUAGACGCACCUUUGGACCAACUGAAUAUGGUCCUCAGCCUUUUGACUAUAGAGCUGAGGUAGCACUUAGAUCUUAGAACUUAGCGUCCCGACUUGCAUACAGAAUCUGAAUGCAAACACAGGACGCUCCUUUAACCACUGUGCUUGACUAAAUCAAACGACACUCUUCUGCUAUCCAUUUUCCUGUGCCUAAACAUUCUGUGUGAUGAGGUUUUAAAGAAAGCCAUUAACUUCCACCUAACUGUGCCCUACAUUCAGUCACUCCAUUUUCAUAUCCGUGACUGGAACGCUAACAUCGGUGGUUAUGGUGUUAAUGUAUGGAUAUCACUGAGACCGAAACGUCACAUGGAUAUUGUACAAAGUUGUAUAGUUUCAAAAGAUAAACCACUCAUGCAGAGGUCAAGUCCCUUUAAAGGCAUCAGUAGAUGUUUGGUGGCAAACCGCUGAUGCCUGCAUAAAUGCUGUUGUGUGUGUGAAACAGUUUAAAGAAUGUCUACAUUGUUUCAAAGCCAUAUGUACCAGAUUCCUCUCUCUCCCACUGUAGGACAAGGAAAAACCGAAUGCUUUGACUCUUUAUAUGAAAUGCUUCUCUUUCUAUUUAGCUUAUUGUGCUUGUAUGUGCUCAAGAACUGUGCUUCUUGUCAAUCCCUUUGCGAUAUAUAAAUGUAUGGAAUAUACACAUAAGACUUCUGUUCUUUUUGUUUGACAUUUUAAUAAAGCACUUAAAAGGCCA